GUCGUUUAUAUACGCGCGCGCACGAUUUCGGUUCACCCGUUUGUGAUGUAAACUAUUUUUAUAAUUAACCUCACUUCUUUCACUCGGAAGGUGAUUCAUUUUUGCAGUUGAUCAUUUUGUCGAAUUAAGCUAUUUUGUGCAAGUUUUUUUGGAAAACAAUAACCAUUUGAAGCGUUUUGUAACUUCAUUAAUUUGUGAAAUCGAUAAGGAACAUGGAAACAUCGGAGAGGUCAUGAAGUGACAGUAAACAUAAAAUGAGUAAUUGUUUUGUCGCCUGCGACUGCAGUGAGGUCUCACAGGCCGACUUCGACCGCUAUACGGACAAAGUGGAAAAUGUCCUUAACGACGAAAGAGGGAGAAGUUUGUUUAUGAAUUACAUGUAUACUUGUAAAAUGAGGGCUGGUCGAAGAGUACUCGAUUUUUGGGAGCGUGUUGACAGGCUACUAACUCAUAAGAGUAGUCCAGGAGGUGGCUCACCUCGUAAUUACAAUAGAGAGGUAAAGAAACUACUGGCCGAAGCAGAAAGGAUAGACGAAUUCGACUUAGCUACUAUGGAAAGAUUGGACACUUUAGCUCAGGAACCAGGAAGUAGCAAAGAUCAAAUUGAUGAAGUUCUUAAAAUAUUGAAAGUGGAAUCUGCUCAUAUUCUUAGGCGAGAGUACGAUGCAUUUAGAAAACAUUUUGUACCACGUCGUAAUUAGAAAAAUCUACCAAUUACGCUUCAGAAGACUUGUGCCUUGGAUUUGGAUGCAUUUUUAAAUUUCGCGCCUUAAAAUAAGAAUUCAAUAAGUUGAGGGAUUUUUGUGCUUGUGUAAAUGAAAAAACAAGAAUUUGUUUUUUUACCAUAAAAAACAAUAAAGAAUAGACUGCACCAAAGCGUAAAACAUUUAUAUUUAGUUUUAUCUUGUAUUUAUCUUUACAUACAGUAUGUUUGUACAAGUUGUAAACCUAAGUGUCGCCAGAGAUUACCUCAUGUGACGAGAUAUUAAAACUUUGAACUGAUAUUAAAACAAAGUAUGAACAUUGUGGGCUGAAAACUCCUUAAAUUGUCUGAAUUAUUGCUUGGCCAGACUAAGUUGUACACCCUCUAAGGAGCAUUUAAAUGUUAAGAGUACAGCUACUACUUCAA